AUGUUACAAAGUUUAAAAAAUGUUUUUUUUUCAGAAACCACAACUACAACAACAACAUCAACUACAACACCAGUAUCAAAUUCAGCUAUUAAAAGAUACAUUGGCAAUAUAAAUGAUUAUAAGAAUGCAAACUAUUUUAAUUAUUAUAGAAUUUUGGAGAAUAAAUAUGACUACCUUAGGGACACCUUUGGUUUAAAAACUUUUUCAAACAAUGAAACAUUCAAAUUAAUUGAUUUUACAAUUGAUUCAGAAAUGAAUAAUACUUGUAUAACAUCAAUUUGGAAUCAAAAGUAUUCAAAUAAUUCAAGUAUACCAGUUGAGGGUAUUUAUAAAAUUCCAUUAGCACCAUAUAGUGUCAUUUCAGGAUUCACAGUAGAAUAUCAAGAUAAAGUUUUCAUCGGUAAAAUUAAAUCAAAAGAAAAAGCACAAAAUCAAUACUCUGAUUCAAUCGCAAGUGGUGGCCAAGCAUUCCUCGCAGAGAAAACUCAAGAUGGUCAAUUCUCAUUUAGAAUCGGUAAUUUACCACCAAAUGAAAAUGUUACAAUUCAUUUAACAAUUAUUUCAGGAGUUUGUCCUCAUUUAUCAAGUUUGCAAAAUUGUUUCCAUCGUUUCUUAUUCCCAAAUUAUUCAUUUAAUUUCCAAUUCAAUUUAAAUAUUAAAUUAACAUUACCAAUUAAAACUAUUGAAUUAUUAUAUUAUCCAAAUAGAGAAAUUAAAUUCAAAGAAAACUCUAAUAAUAAAGAAGCAACUCUUACAUUCUCUUCAAAAAACGGUAUUGAUAGUGAUAUUGUCUGUAUAGUUGAACCAGAGAAUGAUAUUGAAAGACCACAAUCAAUUAUUGAACAUUCAAAAUUAAAUAAUACAUAUGCAGUCAGUGUCAACUUUACACCAUCAUUCAGUCAUUUAACAUCGGAUGAUGUAAAUCAAAAAAGUGAAUUUAUAUUCCUCAUCGAUUGUUCAGGAAGUAUGAGUGGUGAACCAAUUAAAAAAGCAAAAAGAGCUUUAGAAAUUAUUAUUAGAAGUUUAAAUGAAAAUUGUAAGUUUAAUAUUUAUUGUUUCGGUAGUAGAUUUACAAAAGCAUUCGACAAUUCAAAAAUGUACAAUGAUGAAACAUUAGCUCAAAUUUCAGGAUAUGUUGAAAAAAUUGAUGCAGACUUAGGAGGUACAGAAUUAUUACCACCAAUCCGUGAUAUCCUUUCCACUGAAUCAGAUUUCGAAUAUCCAAGACAAUUAUUCAUUCUUACAGAUGGCGAAGUCAGUGAAAGAGAUAGUUUAAUAAACUAUGUAGCAACAGAAUCAAAUAACACUAGAAUCUUUACAUAUGGUAUUGGAAAUAGUGUAGAUACAGAAUUAGUAAUUGGUUUAUCAAAAGCAUGUAAAGGUUAUUAUGAAAUGAUUAAAGAUAACUCAAAUUUCGAAGAACAAGUAAUGAAAUUAGUUUCAAUUGCAUUCGAACCAACACUUUCAAAUAUUAAAGUAGAUUGGGGUACAGAAUUACAAAUUGAACAAGGUCCAACCAAAAUUCGUCCACUUUAUUCAGGUGAGACUUUAAUUGUUUAUGCAUUAUUAAAAGAUAAUAAAAUUCCUCAAUCAACAGUACAAGUUUCAUUAAUUGGUGAUGGACCAACUGGUUCAAAAUUAGAAUUCCCAAUUACAUUAGAUUUCUCAAAAACAAUUGAUUAUGAAAAUAAUUCAGUUCAUACAUUAGCAGCAUUUAACAUUAUAAAAGAUUUAGAAGAAGUUGAAAGAAAAGGAAAUCAUUCAAACAAUAGAGACAGAAUAGAAGAGUUAGGAAAAAGCUAUGGAUUAAUAUCAAAGUAUACUUCAUAUAUUGUCACUGCAGCUUCUGAACAAGUAACUGAAGAAACAAUGAAAACUUUAAAUAUUAUCCAAACACCAACAACAACAACAACAACAUCACACUCAAAUCGUAGAAGAGAAGAAGCAGAUCAUACUAUGAAUCAAACUUUGCUUAAAAAUUGUGCUGUUGUUGAUGAUUUAUUUGAAAGUUGUGAAAUGUUAUCAGAAACCUCAAUUAAAUUUGAAUGUAAUAGAGUGUACAAAAAAAUUCCUUCCUCUUUAUCAAAGAUUUUUUCAUUCUUUUCAUCACUAUCCACAUCUUCCUCUGUGAGAUCAGAAGUUGUAUCCAAUUUUGAUAAUGAUAUAGAAUCAGAGGAAAAGAAAAAUAAUAGUAUUAAUAAUAAUAGUGAUAGUUUAUUAAAAUUAAUUAAACUUCAAAAAGCCAAUGGAUCAUGGAGUUCACCAUUUAGUGAAUUCAAAAUUGAUUUAUCAAAGAAACCAUCAAACAUUGAUAGCGAUGAUAUUUGGAUCACUUUAAUAGUAAUCAACAAGAUUCUUAAUGAUUAUCCAACUCAACAAUCUCAAUAUGACCUUGUAAUUCAAAAGGCUUCAAAAUGGGUAAAACAACAAUUAACAAGAUUAAACAUUCCAAAUCAAUAUGGCUCAUUAUUAGCUACUUCAAAAUUACAUAUUUAA